AUGGACGCGGCGGCGCAGGCGGGGAGGAGGAGGCCGUCGGAGGUGAGGGCGGAGGGGCUGAUGCGGGGCGCGUGCGCCGCCCUGGCGACGGCGUCGGCGCUGCUGAUGGGGCUGGACACGCAGACGGAGACCGUGCUGCUCAUCAGGAAGAAGGCCACCGUCAAGGACGUCCACGCUCUCUGGGUGCUGACGGCGGCGGCCGGCGCGGCGGCGGGGUACCACCUGCUGCACCUGCUCCGGUGCCUCUACCUCGGCCGCUUCGCCCACAACCCCUGCCGCAACAGCAAGGCCCUGGCGUGGGCUUUCCUCCUCCUCGACAAGGGGUGCGCGUACGUGACGUUCGCGGCGACGGUGGCGGCGGCGCAGGCGUGCCUGAUCGCGCUGGACGGCGCGCAGGCGCUGCAGUGGAACAAGGUAUCAUCCAAGAGUCCAAUACUGCUUAUAGUUGAACACCACCGUGCUGUGUGCAAAUUGAGCAAAAAUAUGUUCUUCCUGACAGAACAUCAAUUUAUCCAAGAAAGGAGAAAACCUGAUCCGGAAGUAAAGUCCAUCUAUAAUUCUAUUAGACAGGGAGAAAUAUUAAUAAGAGCAGCAAGCACUCAAACCCCGAAACGGACGAUCCACUAG